AUGCUGUAUUCUUCCAGAAUGGAUGUAUACUCACCCACCCACAUAACCCUCCUAACGUACAUACGGAGCGCUUCGUCUUGCCUGCAACUGCAGUUGCUCAAGGUCUUAGCCAAGAUCAUCAGGGCCAUCGAACCGGAAGUGACAACAGCCUCUCAAUCUCCGGUCGAACCCACCAUCACCAAGGAAGUACUUGAUGGCUAUAUCUCUGCUAUCAACACCAAAGUUAACCCCACAGGCUUCAAGAUUGCCAAAUACAGAGAUCAAGUAUCUGGUACGAUAUACUAUAUUUUUAUCAGCACUGUGUCGGACGCCAUAACCAAAUCAAACACCUCAUACACACCCCCGGAAAUCGAUUCUAUCAAGAAGGUUAUAGAUGACAUAAUAGACCAGGACAGCUUCGUGUACUCCUUGGGCUACGUGAAUCUGAGCCAGCGUGUUGGCCAGACCUUGAAUAAGACUGCUAGGGAGUCGAACAUGUUUCUCACAAAACUUAUUGACGACGGUUGGUUCGAGCUAACGGAAGAGGAUAGAAUAGUCUUGUCCGGUCGAAGCAUCUGUGAAUUGAAACACUACUUGGUGGAAAGGUACGGGCUCUACGGGGAAGAUGUAGAGAAAGGGAAACUUUUUGUGUGCCAACAAUGUAAAGAACUUGUGACGAUAGGGUUCAAAUGCAAGGAGAACUCCUGUGCCGUUUCGUUCCAUGCCAAGUGCCUUGACUUUUAUAAUAGAUUGCACGAUAGCCCAAGGUGCCCCGGGAAUUGUAACUUUGAGUGGACAGAGGCAGGGAGAAGACUAGGUGUGCUUCCAGAGACCCUCAAAUAG